GAGUCUCCCCGGUGGGCGGGUGGCGGGGAACAAUAGGGCGGAGGCUGCGGCCUUCUCCUCUCUUUCCCUUCGGGCCGGCGGCGCCUCUACCUGGCAUUGCGGCUGGUGUCUCCGUGCGAGACGACCCAGCGGCCUCUUCCACCAUUUCCCCUCCACUUCGUCGCCGCCUCUGUAGGCCUCAGGCUUCUGCCGUGCGCUUUCCGCCCCCGCGGCUUCGUAAGAGGCCGGGAAAUAUUCUGGGGGCCGGUGGUUACACGCGGUUUCAACUCAUUCCAGUUGUGUGUGUGUGUGUGUGUGUGUGUGUGUGUGUGUGUGUGUGUGUGUGUGUAGAUAUACAACCCAGUAUUCUUGGCUAGGACGUGCGCGGGGGUGGGUGGAACCCCUUGCCAGGUGUGAUCCUCAUUGACCCUCGGUGGGAAUUAUCUCUGACAGCUCAGCUUCAUGCAUGUCUACUCAGAAGCGCCCCCAUUAAGUUCAGUGGUACUUACUCCCGAGUAAGUGUGUGUGUGGAUCGCACUCUAAAGUAAACACACAAACAGAUAGGAUCACAUUGCGCACGUCCAUACUUCUUAGGGGAGAGCGCUGUCCCACAUGUUAAAAGAUCACACAUGCUUUUAUUCUGUGCCUCUGUUCCCUAAAUGUAGCUUCUAUGUUCAGUCCCUGAAGCUUUUUGGGUUCUGACAUUGACCUCCCCAUGAUCUUUUGAACAUUAUCCCUGGCAGUAGUUACUGUACUCAAGGGAGGAAAGAAACGUUAAAAACACAGAACAAAAUGUAAUUCUAAAAAUUCUGGAGGAGUACAAGUACCCCUACCUUCUGUAUAUUUAUCAUGUAUGUAACUUUCAGUGUCAUGGUUUCAGAGGAUUGGACAAAAGUCUGCUUCCCAGGAAAUGAAGAAUCUGGUUUGGCUACCUCAAGCAAGCAAACAAUCAAGCAAGCAAACCUUUGUGUUCAGGGAGAGAGUUGAUAUUGAGCAGGAAGUGACAUCUGCAAACAGUUCACCAAGAAGCCAUGAAAAAUUUCAUUGCACAAAAUGAAGGCUGUUUAGUUUAUUCCUCACCCAUCUCUUCAUAAACACAACUGUCACACCGAUUAUUUUGUUAGAAUAAAUUGUGAUUUAUUUAUUUUGACUUCUAUCAGAUAGUGUUUUGGUUAUGAGAGAGCAUUGUGAAUUGUGUUCAUGAAAAUUAACAGGAAUUUGUAUUUACUUACCUGGUCGCCACAGGUGAUCAAGAAUGAAGAACACAUAGAAUUCAUUAUUUAAGGAAUUUUUACUCCACUCUUUAGCUGAAAAGCCUUCUAGAAUGGCUUACAAAGAUCAGCAUCAAUAUAGUCCCCGUACCCAGGAUUAUAUUCUAAAAUGAUAUAUAAAAAUGCAUUCAAGUGAGUAAACAGAAUGACAGGGCCUGAGGGACAGGUCAACCUGCCUUUUCUCUGCUAGCUUGCUCAGCUUCCAUCAUUACUUGGUAUUGAACCCCCAUCAUAUUUAGCAAGUAUGAAAACAUUAUGUCCUGGUGGAAUAAGGACAGAUAAGUUGCUCUUUACUUCCUCCACCUGCUCACUCAGGUUCUGUGCUGGCUGUAGGGAGUGAAAUCCCUUCUACUCUGACCAGCCCAUAAACCAAAUAAGCUGGCAGAGGAGGAUGCUGUGAUCAAUCCUCCUCUGCCAGACUUCUGCAUUUUCCUGCAAGAUCUGCAGAAAAUAAAGCUCUUCCCUGCAGGUCCAGUAUAGAAAGGGGGGUGCUGGUGGCAAAAGGACAAGGCGAUCAUUGGCUUUGCUACUAGCCCAUCACAUUUCUAUGCUGAAGGCACAACAGACAAAGCCCUCGUUUGCACAUGUAGCAUAUAAAUCAGUUGGGCUAAUAGAAGAGGCAGAUAAGUGCUCCAUGCCUCUUCUGGCGCCUGCUGCAGUUCUAGUCUACAGGUUUUUUAGUUCUUUUUGCUAGCAGAUAAUGUCAACUGUUAAGGCUGUGUGGGUCUUGUACCCAAAGGAAGCAUUUGAUUGCAUGUGAUGAAAUGCUUGCUUGUAGGAGAUACUGUACUGUCAUACCUCGGUUUAAGUACGCUUCAGUUUGAGUACUUUCAAUUUAAGUACACUCAUACCUCGGUUUAAGUACGCUUCGGUUUGAGUAAUUUCAGUUUAAGUACACUCCCGCGGACCCGUCUGGAACGGAUUAAUCCACUUUCCAUUACUUUCGAUGGGAAAGUUUGCUUCAGGUUAAGUACGCUUCACGUUAAGUACGGACUUCCGGAACCAAUUGUGUACUUAAACCAAGGUACCACUGUACUAUACUAGAAGUGUUGGUCACCAUACAGAACACUCUCUGGGUCUUGUGUUAGUGCUGGUGUUACCUUAAGUAGGUUCUUUCACCUUGCUGUAUGGCAGAGCGUUCCCUGGGUAAUAUUUAUAUAAAUUGUGAUUACAUUGCAAAACAGUAUGGUUGCUGCAGCUCUACUCAUUUUUGUUCAUUGAUCAUGCCAGAAAUAACAUUCACUACUAUCAUAUUUGGCAAUAAUUUUGUCCUGGCUCAUGGACAAAUUACUGUGAUGCUUGCAACCUGCUCUUAUACAUGUUUACUCAGAAUCAAAUCCCACUGAAUUCAGUAGGACCUGCUGUCAAUUGCGUGUGCAUAAAUUGCAGCAUUACUGCAUAGCAGGGGUGGGCAAGAGGUAGAUUGGAAAUUUGGUAGAUUGGUACAGUUUCCUGACUUCCACUUGUUGGAACAAAGACAGUUCCCCUGAAUUUAGCUGUUAAGAGACCCUGAUGUGUGAUAACUAGAUGCAUAGUUAGAUUAUACCAAUAGGUAAUUUACUCCUUUCCCAAGCCAUCAUCUUGCAUCUGUGCCUGACUGGUUGGGGCACCUUUGGUUUCCAAUUUUUUUUAAAACAUAACCCACAAAUCUAGUUGCCCAUUCUUGCUAUAUAUUUUACGAUGUUUAACUAUCCAAAUUUGUUGCUAUGUCUUCAUUAUGAAGUAGUAAUGUUCAUUUACUAAACACUCUUACAGUCUAAAAAUGAUAUUUUGUUGUUUGUGUAUGAUAAUGGUCACGUCUACUCAACGUGGUGGUUUCUAAACUUAUGGUCCUUUGCUUAUCACAGUGGUGAUCAUCUUCAGUUUUCAACUCCCCACUUUUUUAAAACUGGAGAAAUUAAAAUCUCAUUACGCUACAGUCCUAGUCUCCUGGAUGCUGGGGACUGGUGUUGGGAGUUAGAAUGAUGUCUCUUUGCUGAUGGGGAAGAAUGCCACUGGUGGGUGGGUUCUGCUGUGAUAAGACUACCAUAUUUUACAGUUGCCAGUGAAAUGGAUUGUUUUGGGGCAGGGCACCAGAGGCUUUGAAUUCACUGGAUCCAAAGCCCCACAGAUCCCUAAGGAGCCUCUGUCUGGAGCUACUACAGCAGAAAAGGCUGGCAGAAGCCAACAGGGCUUCUGAGUACCAGUUGCUGGGAAUCACAGGUGAGGAAAGUACUUUUGUGCUCAGGUCCUGCUUUUGGGGUUCCCACAGGUAUCUUGCUGGCCACUGUGAGAACAGAAUGCUGGACUAGAUGGGCAUUGGCCUGAUACAACAGAAGUACUGUUGGUAGAUGGGACUGUUGGGUUUACAUCAAAUUCUGCACUCUCCUGAAAGAGCAGGUCAUAUUUCACACUAUGUGCUGACUGUCUGUACUUACAGAAAAUAUUUAAAAACAUUUUUUUUCAAAAAAAAGUUGAUUCCAGUGGAAUCUGUGCUUUAGAUUUUGUCUUGUGAAGUAACGCCUGAAGAAAUGCCUGUACAAGCUCCACAAUGGACGGAUUUUCUUUCCUGCCCUAUUUGCACACAAACAUUCGACGAAACAAUCCGGAAGCCUAUCAGCCUGGGCUGUGGCCACACAGUAUGCAAGAUGUGCCUGAACAAGCUCCACCGGAAGGCAUGCCCCUUCGACCAGACCACUAUCAAUACAGACAUCGAGCACCUUCCUGUGAACUCAGCCUUGCUGCAGCUUGUGGGUGCUCAGGUGCCAGAACAGCAGCCAAUAACUCUACGUAGUGGCGCUGAAGAUACCAAGCAUUAUGAGGAAGCCAAGAAAUGUGUGGAAGAACUAGCCUUGUACCUUAAACCACUCAGCAGUGCAAGAGGUGUGGGACUGAACAGCACCACUCAGAGUGUACUCAGUCGCCCCAUGCAAAGGAAACUUGUGACAUUAGUCCACUGCCAGUUAGUGGAGGAAGAAGGGCGAAUCAGGGCUAUGCGUGCAGCACGAUCUCUGGGUGAAAGAACUGUCACAGAGCUCAUUCUUCAGCACCAGAACCCCCAGCAACUCUCUUCCAACCUCUGGGCUGCAGUGAGGGCCAGAGGCUGCCAGUUCCUUGGACCAGCAAUGCAGGAGGAAGCUCUCAAGUUAGUUCUUUUGGCUUUGGAAGAUGGAUCUGCUUUGUCUCGGAAGGUCUUGGUUCUCUUUGUGGUACAGAGGUUGGAGCCACGAUUUCCUCAGGCUUCUAAAACCAGCAUUGGGCAUGUUGUCCAGCUUCUAUACAGAGCCUCCUGUUUCAAGGUGACUAAACGAGAUGAGGAUUCCUCCCUGAUGCAGUUAAAGGAGGAGUUCCGAACCUAUGAAGCUCUGAGACGAGAACACGAUUCCCAGAUUGUGCAAAUUGCUAUGGAGGCUGGUUUGCGCAUUGCCCCAGAUCAGUGGUCUUCAUUGCUAUAUGGAGACCAGUCCCACAAAUCCCACAUGCAGUCAAUUAUUGACAAGUUGCAGACCCCAGCCUCUUUUGCACAGAGUGUUCAGGAACUAACUAUCGCUCUCCAGAGGACUGGUGACCCAGCCAAUCUGAACCGGCUUCGACCCCACCUAGAACUCCUUGCAAAUAUUGAUCCCAGCCCAGAUGCCCCACCACCCACCUGGGAGCAGCUUGAGAAUGGACUUGUCGCUGUGCGGACUGUGGUACAUGGGCUGGUGGAUUACAUCCAAAAUCACAGCAAAAAAGGAGCAGAUCAGCAGCAGCCUCCUCAACACAGCAAGUAUAAGACAUAUAUGUGCCGAGACAUGAAGCAGAGAGGAGGUUGCCCCCGUGGGGCCAGCUGCACCUUUGCACACUCGCAGGAAGAACUAGAAAAAUUUCGUAAGAUGAACAAACGUCUGGUUCCUCGAAGACCCCUGAGUGCCUCCUUAGGCCAGCUGAAUGAGGUGGGCCUAUCGGCAGCAGCUAUCCUCUCGGAUGAAGGGAGUAUGGACUUGCCCAACAGAAAACCCUCUGCCUUGCCAAAUGGGAUUGUUUCAACAGGCAGUGCAGUGACACAACUGAUCUCUCGUGGAACCGACUCCAGUUAUGAUUCAGCCUUGAAGCCCGGGAAAAUUGACCAUCUUAGCAGCAGCGCCCCUGGGUCACCUCCUGACUUGCUGGAAUCCGUUCCCAAGAGUUCUCUAUCUGCCUUACCAGUGAACUCUCACCCAGUGGCCCCCCGAGGACCUGCAGACCUGCCUCCAAUAUCUGUUGGGAAGCAGCUCCAAAUGGUGCCACGAGGCUCCCAGUUGUAUCCAGCUCCACAAACAGAUGUGUUUUACCCAGAUCCUCGGGGAGCAGGUCCACCAUUUGAAUCUCCACCUUACCAAUCAGGUGUAUAUUAUCCUGCAGCUCAGCCUUCGCAGUGUAUGUCUCGAUUUGUCCGGCCUCCACCGUCUGUUCCUGAACAAGGCUCUCCUUAUUUAGAACAUUACCCACCAUACCUUCAGGAUCGCAUGGUGAAUUCUCAGUACACUGCACAGCCCCAACAAUAUCCUCCUAUGGGACAACCCAUGUACCCUCCACAUUAUGACAGCCGGCGCAUGUACCCCCCUCCCCAGCCAUACCAGAGGGAAGAAAUCAUCCGAGGAAGCCCUGUGCCCAUCGAAAUUCCUCCACCAGCUGUGUCACCAUAUGUACCUGAAACAAGAGACAGAUAUCCACAAAUGGAAGGCUACUAUCCAGUUGGUCCACAUCUGAGUCAGAUCAGACCUUCAUAUCACAGGGAGCCUUAUAGCCGGCCUCCCCCUCAGCCUCAUCCCAGUCUAGAUGAUUUGCACCGACGACGAAAGGAGAUCAUGGCCCAGCUAGAGGAAAGGAAGGUCAUCUCCCCACCUCCUUUUGCACCAUCACCAACUCUGCCUCACUCUUUACACACUGAUGAGUAUAUAGAUGAAGAUCUGAAGGUAGCUGGCAAAUACAAAGGAAAUGAUUAUAGCCAGUACUCUCCCUGGUCAUGUGAAACCAUUGGCUCCUACAUUGGAACCAAAGAUGCAAAACCCAAAGACACAGCAGCAGUGGGACUUGUUGAGAUGGGGAACGUGGAUAGCAAGGGAAUGCGAGACCAGCGUUUGGAUUUGCAGAGGAGAGCAGCAGAGACUGGUGACGAUGAUCUUAUUCCAUUUGGAGAUCGGCCUACGGUAUCAAGGUUUGGUGCCAUCUCACGUACAUCUAAGGCGAUGUAUCAGAACCCUGGCCCCAUGCAAGCCAUGACAGUCCAAGGGGCAUCUACAAAGCCAGGCAACAUUUCAGAUUACAGCCCUUAUGAAACACACAGUGCAUGGGGAGGUUCGCCAUAUUCACCUCAUCAAAACAUACCUUCUUCUCAGGGACGCCCUAGUGACAGGGAGAGAUUGUCUAUGACAGACGUGGCUGGCCAUGGGAAGCCUUUGCCCUCAUCUGAGAGGGAACAGCAGCUUCGACUUGAACUGCAGCAGCUAAACCAUCAGAUUAGCCAGCAGACACGAGGACUGGAGGCUGUUAGUAACAGGCUGCUGUUGCAGAGGGAGGCGACCCCCUUGGCAGGCCAGCCACAGCCCCCACCGCCACCUCCUAAGUGGCCUGGAAUGAUCUCAAGUGAACAGCUGAGCUUGGAGCUGCACCAGGUGGAGAGGGAGAUCGGGAAGAGAACCCGGGAGCUGAGCAUGGAGAGUCAGUCUUCAUUGGAAGUGAAAAGCAAAGUGAGUGCCAGUAAGCAGACAGAAAAUGGACAGCAAAGCAAGGUACCAGCUGAGGAUGUUGCACUUACAUUCAGCAGUGAUGUUCCAAAUGGAUCAGCUCCAACCCAAGAAAGCAUUGGCCUCCUCUCCAGCAAAACUGCAGCUCUGAGCUUGCCGGAAGAUACUGAAGCGGGAGGAGGCGACUUGGAUGCCCAGAGGACAGGAGCAACGCCUACAUCUGCUCCCUGAAGGAACAAAAGCAUCUCUCCAUUUCUGCCUGGGGUCGCCUUUACCCCUCCUUGGGAUAUAAUGGGAGACACUGAGCAAGAGCUGCAACAAUGGCAGGUCCUGAGACAAUGUGCACAACACCACUACUAGAACAAACCCUGCACAUAGUUCACAUUAACACAUUUUUUAAUUAAAAAAAUGAAAAUUAGCAGUAUCUGCAAGCAACUCUGAUUAAAUUUGUUUUUGUUCUGUGAAUGAACUUUAUUUUAAUAACUUUGGAUGCCUUGAAUGCCAGGGCUUUAAAAGAAACAGAUAUUAUAUAUAUAAAUAUAUAUACACACACUCUGUUUGAUUAAUUGUAUGAUCUUAAUGAGGUAGGUUUUCUCUUUUAUUUUGGUAUUAUUACAUACCCAGUAUAUAAUUUCCUCUUUUCUUCUCCCUUCAAAACAGUCUCACUCACCACUGCUUUGUGUGAGUUUGAAAAGAAAUUAGGAAGUGUUGCAAUGGAGGAGGAAGCUCUCAAUUGCUGUGUGUUGCAGAGUUUCUGAAAGUAACUCUCCUUAAGCAUGGUAGUAUAUCACCAUUAUCCAUUGUAUUUUUCUAAGCAUGAUAGGUUUUUAAUUUCAAUUUGUAAACCAUGUAUUCAGCACCUCAACAAGCAGGUCUAUUUACAUGAACAAGAAUGAAAUAGCUGUUCCAUUUCUGGUGAGGCAGCAUAAAUUGGCUAAUACUGAUUGAUCCCAGCACUCUUGAAAGGCAGCCAUUGCAUUUCUUCUGCAGAUUAAGAACACCUAAACUGAAGUGUAGAAUGGCUUCGGUUGUCAGAGAUGGGUUAGGUUAAGAAAUUUGGGUCUCUCUGCUUCUUUGUCAGGUCUAAAGCACAACUUCCAUGUUAACUUUUGUUUUGGGAAAGGAUGUGGACGGCAUGAUACCCUAAUGCAGGGAAAGCUGCUGUAUCUGCCCAAGAUGAGAGCUGUAGAAGUUAUAGUUUGGGUGGGAUGAAGCAAGAAGACAGAAAGCGCAGGCCCCUUGACUUUGUGUUCCCUCUGCAUCUUUAAAGCUCCAAAGCUGCUCUUGAUUGCCCCUGGUCUGUCUUGGGGUGGGGGACUUGCCUAUCCCUGCUGUAUUCAGUCUCUGAAAGUGAAGGCUUUCUCUGAGUAAUGGGAGAGACUGACAAGGUAAUAGAACUCCUUAGAUUUACUUUCAGCAACUCUGUCUCAACAGCAACACCCUUCAGGAUCUAGAUGGGAUGAAAACCUUUCUUGUUGCUGCGUAUGUCAUUGCAUUUAAGAUUGUCCUUAAAAUGCCACUGUUGCAGGCAGUGAUCUUACUUGUGCUGUGCAUAUUUUGACUUCCUCCUCUUUCCCUCCAGGUUGAUAUGUAGGUAGAGAUGCUCUGAGUGGAAACCAUUGCAAAAGCUCCCACGCAUCUCUUCAGCCUACUUCUCCCAUUUGGAUUAGACUACUAAAACUCAGAAAGCACUGGUUAUGUAAUAAGUUGAAGCAUUGCUUUGGUUGGGUAAAAGCAUAAGUUUAUUAAUCUUGUUUUAGGUUGUUUUUCUUCCCUUAAACCCUUGUUGAGGUCAUAGCAACCUUCAGCUAUUUUGCAUCUGUCGUACUGUUACAUUGAACAAAAUGGGGGGGGGGGAUACAGUCCCCUGUUGCCUACCAGUAGGAGAGUCCAAGCAGAAGACUCUGUUGAGUAGUGAUUAUUUAAUUUGCCCAGUCAAGGCACCGCAUUUAUAUACUAUUUCACAUUGAAUUUGAUUAUGCCCUACAGACCUGGCUGGCCAAAAAUUUGAUACAUGUAUUGGCUUGGGAUUCGAGCAUUCAUUUUUUUAUUUAAAUAAAAAUUAUCUAUAUAUGUAUGUAUAUAUACACAUAUAUGUAGUUAUAUCUGUAUAUAUAUUGGGUAUGUUUUAAGAAUUUUUUCACAUGAGUGCAGCUGUUAUAAAACAUCUGGGAGGUAGAGGCACUGAGAAAAUAUAUCUCAAAAGGCAUUUUAACAAUCAUCUUCAGCUUCUCUUAAAUUCACACACCACUCUGUCAGAAUUUUAACAUGAGAAAUGUUUUUUCUCCUUUUGCACUACCUUUCUUUCCCCUGGCCCUGCUUUCCACUGAAGUCUGGAUAGAAAUGCUUUUCUUGAUGAAAAUUGUUCACUUGAGGGAGUCCAUCACACCUUUCUGCCUUUCCUGGUGCGGUAAAGCAAGAGUAAUAUCAGGGGAGCACUGAAACAAGCUAACCUUGCUUGUAAAUACUAUUCUUAUUCCUCACAACACAGGAACUCCUUUGAAUGAACCAGGGCUAUGAAGGGCCUAGCCCAAAAUCUCAUCUUUGUUUGCAAGAAAACAAUAUUUAGUUAACCUUGUACAUAAAUUAUGUAGCACUCUUUUAAAGAUCUUCCCCUCCAGAGAGAGCCUAACUUGGAAAAAGAGAAAAAUUGGCUUUCUGUUAGAAUAAUUUCAUAUGCAGAAAAUUUUCUAACUUCAGGGAAGAGAGACUUCAGCACUUCUCAGUCAUUUUAAUGUGCAUACUGUCAACGCGCAUAAAGGGCAGGAGUGGAGCGCCUCUGGCCCAUGGGUCAAUUUGGGCUUGUCCAAGAUUCUAAUGUGGCCCAGGAGACUAUAUUUCAUAAAGCCCGCCCACUCGACAGUCAAGUGGUGAGCAGGUGGUGUCACCUGAUAGGAGGUGGGCAUCCGUCCUGCUUAGUUCCGCUGUGUUGAUGGUUUCUGCUUCACCUGCUGCAGGCAACCGGCACAGGCAAGCUGUUCCUUGCAUAAAGCAGGACAACCUUCACCCACCCAACAGCCGCACGCUUUGUAAAGCCUGCAGAAGGCAACCAGCUGAUGUGUUGCUCACUAUCUUUUUCCAUCUCUGUGGGCCAACUUUGACAGGAGGGUGGGUGGCCUCGCCCACCUGUCAGUGUUGGUCCAUGGGGAGGGAGGGAGGGAGAAGGAUCUGCCUCGCUGGGCCAAAAAGAUGGUUCACCCUUGGUAUAGGGGAGCAGCAUCACGGUGGCAAGUCCAGCCACCCUUAUCUUACAUGCACUCACUAGUCUGUGUGAAAUUUGCCCAUGGGUGUACAAAGUGUAUAUGCCAAGGCUUGUCUCUUUGCUUAGGGACAUUGCAAAAAGCAGUUUGUACAGAGGCUUAAUCACCCUGCCAUGUGUGUAUUCGUUGAGCACGUGGAGGAAUGGGCAGAACAUGAGGGAAAUGCCAUUGCUGAUACUGAGAAGCUUCUACUAUAAAAGUACACGCUCUGAAUGCGAGCUUAAAAAUUAGAUCUCUCAAUAUUUGUGUCAUCCCACCCACCCACCCAGGCUGUACUCUGUGCACAGUGUCCUAUCUAGGUUAACGUCCUGUUUGCACAAGCAAAGGUUUUGGUUUAAUCUUUUCAAACCACAUUGAUCUUGGCUGAGUUUCCCAUUUCCCUCAUUUUUUGGUGCAAAGAUUUACUCAACAAAGUUGAGCACAUAAGGAAUUAGGAAAAGGCUUUUAAGUUUUUCAGUGACUUUUUGGUGAAGUGUACUGGCUUUCAAGUAGAAGAAUCUAAUUCUCUAGUUCAUCUAGUUUGUUCUUUUAUAAUUAGUUUUCCUAGUAAAUUAGUUUGCUAGGACCUUUCAGCACUAUUUAAGGUAAGGAGCUGGGUGGCAGUGAAUCCUUCCUGCUUUGUAAAGGAGACAGAAAAUAUUGAAACCUGAGAAAUAGCUGUAUUCUAGUGGCAUUCAAAAAGCUCUUUUCAGAAUCUUUUGAGCUUGGAUAUUCAUAAACUUGAGAAAUAGAGAGACGUCUGCUGGUGUUCAAGUUGCAUCAGUGGACUAGUUCCCGCCCCCCUUUCACACGGUUUCUCUCUGUUUUAAGAGAAACAUCGUGACACACUAGACUUUUAAACUGUCCAUGGGAUCCAGACUCCGCUUCUCUUGACGCUAGCUUUAUAACCUUUGUACUCUGGAUGUCUUAUAGCAAUGAGGAAAUAGGCAAACAGACAUAGAUGUAUUUCACAAUAGUCAACAAACCUUUACAGCAGCAUCCUCCACUGCUUAUGUUUUUGGCUUAUUUUUCUCUGAUACAUUUAGCCUACAAUUUUAAUAGCUGUUAUUAAUGAACAAUUCUGUAGAUUACUCCUUUCUUUCCACUUUGUUGUUUACAACACCCUGUUCACUUUAAACCUUAUUAGAGCAUUUUGAGCGGGAUGUCAUUUGCUGUCCCAUGUAACCUUGGUGGUUAGAACAAAAUUUAAUUCCGUAAAAGGUUUAUGAAGGAUUUACAGGAUAACUUAGAUGCUUUUUGCAGUACCCAUUCUCAUUUAACUGCUCUAGCUUCUUCUGCUUCUUUUCCUUUUCCUUCUGUAGAUGUGCCUGUCACCCUCCCUGAUCAUGCACCAGUCAAAAGCUUGCUGCCUCAAAAUAGAGCAUUCAAAUGAAUUCGAUUAGCCAAUAACUUCUGUGAAGUUGCCUUUUCUAAUGGUGUUAUUACUCAGUGAUGCACAAAUGUGAUAUUGCCCCUACUGGUAGGCAAAUGGGGGGGUCUGUAUAAAUGUGGGAAAUACUUUUUUUUGGUUUGCUUUUUGUUCAAGGAGAGCCAAAGACUUGUGCUUUACUCUUGGGUGGUUUUUUUUGGGGGGGGUGUAUUUUUAUUUUAUUCAUCCUACUGGUUUAGCCAGUUUGUAUUGAACUUGGUUUCUGUGUUUUCAGCUCUUAACACUGGUAAAUAUGUCUAAAAGGUUAUGACUGUUGAGCCUUACAAAAACACAUUCAGUGAUGAUAAAUUAUUAGAUUUUGGAAGUGGUGUGUUUAAGCCUCAUUAAAUUUGCAGCCAUUUAUAUAUCCCCUUUUCUAUUUUUUAAAUGCUUGAAUACUCUCCCAUCACACAUCAAGUUACAAUUUGCAACAAAAAGGGCUUAUGAAAAAGUUACUGUUUACUGUCAUUAUUCCUCCUUGAAAUUUUCUAUUGAAGUCUAGUAAAAAUAAAUAUAAGGAAGCUUGAAGAAUUUUAGUAGUAGAAGUAGCACCAGAUGUAAUUAAAUGCAGAAGCAAAUGCAUGCAAACACAUUGCACAUGCUGACUGCACAGGUAGCUCUGUGGUCCUUGGCUGCAGAAAGUGUAUUGAGUUGUAUCUUAGACACAUUAUACCAUUUUCCUGCAUGCCCAUAGCUAUAUAGAAGCCUCUUUCAUUCUGACCAAUUAAUACAUGAAUCCAUAAAGACAAGCAUAUGUAAUAAAAAAAGCACUUGGUUUCAUAAUUCUACUUAGCAGGCAUGGGCUUUUUAAAAAUAAAUGGCCCCAAUGAGGUCAUUUCCCCAUAUCUCAUCAGUAUGUUCAUAGUGGAAUUGACAUUAUGUUCUACGCAUUUGCAAAUCUUUCUGUCUAUGGAAGGGAACUUUUUCCAGCGCUAGAUUUCCCAAGUUGUGUUCUUGAGAUCCAGCCUGUUCAUUUAAGAUCUGAAGGCAGCAGCAGAAAUGAUACCACAGGUGCCUCUCCCAUUCUGAGCCUCUCAUCUGCCCCCACGCCCUGCCUGUUGUUAUAAACAGACUGCAGUUUUACCUUACAUGGAAGUGGAUGGUAGGCAAGUAGACCAGUGGAAGGAAAACUAGCAGCUGCAUACGCUUCCUUGCCUCAAAAUAUCUAAAGGGACAGGCAGGAUCACCUAACUCUGGUCCAACAACCCCAGAUAUUUGCUUGGCACAGUGUGUCUUGUGAAGUAUGAAAUUGAUUAUGAACGGCAGAUUCAACUACCUGGUUCUGUUAGCAAAAGCCAGGGCACAUUAGUGUCACAAGGCUUCCUUCCCUUUGCACCUUCCUCCAACCUGCUCUGGAAGGUUGGGAGAACCCCUAGAACAGUCUGCAGGGGGGGGGGGGAAGCCCUUAGGCAAGCAGAAAGAAAUGGAACAAUCUCCUUAGUGCUGCAUUGAAUUCCACCCACUAUAGGAAAGCAAUGGACUAAUACCAGCAGUUGACUCCCUCUUAUGAAGCAAAUCUCUGUACUGACCUGCUCCAGAAAGAACUUAAAAAGGUAUGUCAGUGGCCUCAUUCAGACAUAGUGCUAAACUAUGUUUAGCAUUACGAGAAAAAGCCUGUGUAAGCCAAGUUUGCAUUCUCCUGGGAACAGCUGCAAAGAGGCAUUCAAAAGCUUUCAGUUUUAGAUUAACUGCAUUGUGCCAUGAAGUUGGGUGCAGAGUAGACCCACUGAAAUUAAUCAACCUGACUUUGUCCUAUUAUUAUUUUUAAAAUAUUUUUAUUUUCUUUUUUAUCCAUAAGACUAAUGAACAUUAUAUUUGCAAAACAGGACCUGUAAAACACCCAAGUUGGAAUUUCCAUAGUAGUAGCUUACAGAAUAACUGAUUUGGUAUUAGGCCAAUGUAACAUACAAAAUCAAAAAAACAUAUGACAAACGAAUCAAACUACAAAUAAUAUAUACUAAAUCACAAUACACACAGAAAAUGAAACAAACCCAAAAUAUAGUGCAAAUUCUUAAAUAAUGCUUUGAGAUGGAUUUAAGUAAUAAAAAUAAACCUUUAUUCAGAAUAUUCAUAUAACUAUAGCACCACCUAGUGGUAUAAGGAUUCUUUUUUUCCACAGAUGAGCCUUGUUCACCAAGAGAAGGGGUUAGGAAACCCUAUAGUAUGAGGAGUAGGUGCCAGAAGAUUGCCAUGUUUGACUCUACUCAUAAAAUCUAUAAAGUCAACCCAAAUUGCAAUGAAAUCAUCUUUUUAAAAAUUGUCCUUGUGUAAUGUUUCUAAUGGUGCAUUGAAUUUAAUGAAUUUAGGUAAAUCUUAGUAGAAAAUCACCCCAUGUUGUCUGUACCAAGAGAAAGUGCUUCAUCUUAACUUUAUUUUCUUACCCCUUUUUUGAGACAAGCCAGCUUCAAACCAUAGUUUAGUAGCCAGGCUUCUUUCAUUGAAUCAUAGUUAAGUUUAAUUACUGUAUAGGGUUUGGGCAACAGGUAAAUUGGCUCAUCUGAAUGGGAAGAAUAAACUUCUGGUCAUCUCCUCGCCACCAUUCUGGCAGAGGAAAUGAGUACAUAAGCUCAGGAUUUGUGGAGGCUCAUUCUUGUAAUGCUAAUUUAGCUUGAUAGGGUCCAGUUAACACAGGACUUUAUAUCUUGGAGUAAAACAAACUGGUUUUGUAUGAAAGAGGAGCAGGGCGUUGCACGUUGCUCAGAAGUUCCAGUGGCAUUCUCCCUGCUUCUGUCGCCACACCACAGAUAAAACAAGCCAGGAGGUGGCUGGUCAUGUUCUUUGAACCCAGCCUGUUUGUUUACUCCAAACCAUGAGCUCUGGUUUGGUAAGGCUCUGGACUUACCAAUCAUGGUUCAUUUGGAGGAAGCAAACCACAAGCCCAGGUUUGGACAGUAUAACAAACCAGAGUCUGGCUUGUUUUAUCUGUGGCAGGAACACUGUAAGUAAACAUGAAGUUAAUAGGGUUUUUUAACAUUAUGAUUUAAUGUAAUGUGUAAACCAAGCUACUGAGAUUCUGGUACAGAAUUUCCCACCUCGCAAUUCUUUUCUUCCACUCCCCUAUAUAGAAAACACAACAGAGGAAUCUCUUCAAAAUUCACAGUUGUACUUUUAGACAGACAUACUAAAAGCUAUGGCCUUGAUUGAGUAAACUAAAUUGCAUGAGAUUAGCUAUGUCCCUGCAUCACCCAAUGGUCUCUGGUGUAAUUGCUGAUCUUGGGUUGAUAAGCAGCUCUCGAGGAAAGGCCUUUUCAGGAUCAAUUGCCUAAUAUUCAUCAUUUAAAAACACCAAAUUAGUUCCUAUUUCACCAAAUCAACCCAGAGACAGUUCUGUACUUUUUAAAAGGGUAGCUCAGUGAGGGGACAUAUUGAUGACAUCCAAAGUAAAACGGAGACGAAAAUGGCUCCUUUCCUUCAUGGCUUCAAUGGGAUUCCUGUAGUAAACAUUGUGCUGGAUUCACCAAUGGACUCGCAGUGGUUUUAAUAAUUAUUUAUUAUGGCAGAAUAAUUGCUUUUUGAUUUCUUGAGCUACUAGUAUAAGGCUCUGGUUCUGAAAGACAGCAAACACUCUCAGCUUUCAUUAUGAUAAAAAAAAGUUCCUUAAUAGUUACAGUUGCCAUUUUCUGGGUAGCUUCUGUUCUGAUGUUGCCUAUAUCUAAAUAACUUAAGUAUUUAUGACCGCCUGAUGCUUUUCUCCCCACAUACAAAAAAAGUAUCUUAAUUUUGGAGGCAAACGUUUGGGGUUUUUUUUACCGAAAGAAAAACACAUGCUUAAAUGCAGUCUCUCUCUCUCUCUCUCUCUCUCUCUCUCUCUCUCUCUCUCUCUCUCUCUCUCUCUCUCUCUCUCUCUCUCUCUCUCAAAAGUAUUAGAUAUGCUGAUGUUACAUGUAUACAUAUCUUUUAUAUAUAUAAAAAACAGAAUCCUGUGGAGUAUUUGGUGUUUGCUAUAAACAAAAUUUGUUUGCUUCUGUGUAUGUUAAAAGUGACUUUGGGCACCAUUUGUAAGCGGGAUUGUCUUCUACAUGCAAGUCCCAUUGAAUUCAUGGGAUGUGUGCAAGAAGACACCCCCCCCUCUGUGCCCUCUUGUCGUUAAUGUUAGUUUGUUGUGGCAGACAAUACUCACAAGUCUUUGGCAUCCAAAACCAGAUUGUGUAACUGGAACAGAAUCCCACAGCUGGAUUUGUUUAGGGAGAUCCUCCCUAGCUUAGCAUGAGAUAAAGGCAGCUAGGAGUGGGGAACAAGACGGGCAGUGCCCCUUUUUUGCCGGCUGUCUUGACAGAUCAGUUUCAGGCUCUCUACAGAUCUCUAAAUUCAGUCUCUGCUGCCUAUUGUGAGUUUACAAUUGCCUUACAGUCUCUGCUUGCUAUGUAAGCAGCCUCUUUGCUAACCAUGGACCCCUUUCCUUCAAGGCGACCUUAUCAGCAGCAUGGUGGCAUUUUAAAAUUAGUUUUGAUGGACUUGCAGCCUUCGAUCUAGAUUUCACUCCCUAUUUUUGUUCAUCGAACCUGCCUCUCUCACAUUUCCCAAGCCAUUUCCAGUUGUGGGAUUUCUCUAUAUCUGUGUGCAUUCUUUAUGGUUGUGUGCGGGGGUGGGGUGGGGUAUUAAGCCAAGUUUCCUUUGGUCUUUUUAGGAUUGUACCAGUCUCCCCGAGACAUUCUUAAGUCAUUAUCACCUUUUUGGGUGGAGUUCAUUUUUUAAUAACUUUUUUGACAUUUUGGUGCAUAUAUGCUUGGGAUAGAGCUCAUGUAAUUUACCAAUCGUAUUGAUUGUAUGUGAUUGUGCCCUGCAGAGGUAUAUUUAACAAAAAAUAAAAUAAAAAAUUGUCUAAAGUGAUGCUGGUGAUAAUAAAGAAGACUCCAAGGCAUUGAGCUCAUUGACUUCGUGAUUUGCUUGGAGGUUACGGGUUUGACAGCUAUUGCUAUCAAUAUACUUAUUUUGAGUUAUAUCUUCCCUCAAGUGUGUCUUCUAUGGUGUGAAAACAAAUAUGUUGUUAAACAUACACCCUAAAAGAAGUAAAAUGGCAAUAUGAAGAACACAUAAAAGCAUGUAAAAAUGAAUGGGGG